AUGGCAGCAUACCCGCCCGAGAUUACGGGCCCCGAGAGUGAGCGGCUCACCGAGGUCGUCAAGGACUGGUCCAUAGCACAUGGCCUCACUGUGCGCCCGCCUCCCGCCGUUCUUGCCGCAGACGCAGACCCGGGGAACAUUCUGGCAACAGCCGUCCCGGUCACCCUGUUCCCCAGCCCCUUUCCGCGUGUGUGUUUCGAGCAGGGCGUUCACGUCCAGAAGACCUACAACGAGCUGUAUGCGUCGAUAAGUCAAGACGAGGAGUUCUUGACUCAGAUCGUCAAGGAGAUUGGGAAUAGUGAUGAGUUCACACAAGCACUGUGGAAGGUGCACUUGCGAGUCAAGGAAGAAGGCUACGUUCAAAACCUUUCCCUUGGCCUUUUCAGGUCGGACUACAUGGUGCACCAAGAGUCGGCCAGCUCCCACCCGCAGGUCAAGCAGGUCGAGUUCAACACGAUCGCCGCGUCCUUCGGCGGGCUGUCGGCGCAGACCUCGCAGCUGCACAAGUACCUGUCGUCGGCCGAGUACCCGCUGCUCUCGGCAUCGUCCAUCGGCAAAGGCCACCUGACGCUGCCGGACAACAAGAGCGUGCGCGGCCUGGCCGCAGGCAUCCGCCACGCCUUCACGGCGUACGGCGAGUCCACCACCGGCCACCCCAAGUGCGUCGUGUUCCUGGUCCAGGGCGGCGAGCGCAACAUCUUCGACCAGAAGCACCUGGAGUACGAGGUGGCGGGCCCGCCGCAGUCGGUGCCCGUGUUCCGGCUGCCGUUCGCGCAGGCGACGCAGCACACGCGGCUGGCCGACGGCGGCCCGGGCCGCCAGCUCCUGUACACGCCGCCGCAGCUGCCGCACCUGACGUUCGAGGUGGCGGUCGUGUACAUGCGGUGCGGGUACGGGCCGGACGACUACCCGGACGCGGGGGCCUGGGAGGCGCGGUACCAGAUCGAGCGGUCGGCGGCCAUCAAGUGCCCGUCGGUGCUGACGCAGGUGGCGGGGACCAAGAAGGUGCAGCAGGUGCUGGCGACGCCGGUGGGCGCGGGCCAGGCGCCGGUGCUGCACCGGUUCCUGUCGCCGGCGUCGCACGCGGCGCUGGGCGACCUCGAGGCCACCUUCACCAACAUCUACCCGCUGGACACGUCGGCGGCGGGCCGCAAGGCGCGCGAGCUGGCGCUGGACCCGGAGCAGUGCAAGCGGUACGUGCUGAAGCCGCAGCGCGAGGGCGGCGGCAACAACGUCUACCGCGCCGCGAUCCCGGGCUUCCUGCGCUCCAUCCCCGAGUCGCACUGGGACGCCCACAUUCUGAUGGAGCUGAUCACGCCGCCGGCCGUGCGCAACACCAUCCUGCGGAACGGGGCGCUGGAGAGCGGCGGCGUCAUCUGCGAGCUGGGCAUCUACGGCACGUGUCUUUGGGACCAGCGCGAGCGCGAGGGACGGGGCGUGCGUCACAAUGAGAUGGCCGGGUACCUGCUGAGGACCAAGGGGGAUCAGAGUGAGGAGGGCGGUGUUGCCGCCGGGUUCGGGUGUAUGGACAGCAUCGCGCUGGUAUGA